AUGAAAUCCUUCAUCUCCGUUUCGCAAAACUCGGAUUUCCCAAUUCAGAACUGCCCGUAUGGAGUGUUCUCGACUCACAGUGAUGUAUGUCUUUCUGACUUCUUUCAAAAAUCAAUUUAAUUUUUUGUUCCAGGACACACGUCACAUUGGAGUGGCUAUCGGAGACGAGAUUCUGAACCUCGGCGAGAUCGCCGAACUCUUCGACGGUCCAGAGCUGAAGGCUCAUCAGGAUGUUUUCAAGCAAACCACCCUCAACGCUUUCAUGGCUCUCCCACGCCCUGCUUGGCUCGAAGCCCGUGCCAGAAUCCAGCAAUUGUUGUCGGAUGAGUAUCCGCUUCUCCGUGACAAUACUGAUUUGAGGUACAUGGAAUUGAAAGGGUCUUCAAUUAAACCCAACUUUUCAGACACCGUGCCUUCACUUCUCGUGCCGAGGCAAUUAUGCAUCUUCCUGCCACCAUUGGGGACUACACAGACUUUUAUUCCUCCAUCCAUCAUGCUACCAACGUUGGAAUCAUGUUCCGUGGAAAGGAAAAUGCGUUGAUGCCGAACUGGAAGUGGUUGCCGGUUGGAUACCACGGAAGAGCCUCGUCCGUUGUUGUGUCUGGAACUGAAUUGAAGAGACCGGUCGGACAAACCAAAGCUCCAGAAGGUAAAACGGUUUUGAUCAAAACCUCAGUAAUGUUUGUUCAACAGCCUCUGAACCAACCUUCGGACCAUCCAAGCUCAUGGACUUUGAGCUGGAAAUGGCUUUCUUUGUCGGAGGACCGGAAAACACUCUGGGCACUCGUGUCCCAAUCGAGAAUGCCGAGGAUCGAAUCUUUGGAGUCGUUCUCAUGAACGACUGGAGUGGUGAGGGUUUUUUCUGCUCUUCAAAAACUGAGUAAGAAUGUUUGCAGCUCGUGACAUCCAGGCUUGGGAGUACGUUCCGCUCGGACCAUUCCUGGCCAAGUCCUUCGGCACCACCAUCUCUCCAUGGAUUGUCUCCAUCGAGGCUCUUCGUCCAUACUUUGUCGAGAACCCAGUUCAGGACCCAGUUCCACCAGCGUAUCUCCGUCACGACGAUCCAUUCACUCUUGACAUCGACUUGGCUGUUUCCAUCCGCCCGGACGGAGACUCGGAAGCCCACACCGUCUGCAAGACCAACUUCAAGGUACACAAUAUACCGAGCUCUUGAAGAUAACGUUCUUUCUUUUUUACAGCAUUUGUACUGGACUCUCAAGCAACAACUUGCUCACCACACCAUCAACGGCUGUAACUUGCGCCCUGGGGAUCUUCUCGGAUCUGGAACUGUUUCUGGACCCGAGGAGGGUGCCUACGGAUCCAUGCUCGAGUUGUCCUGGCGUGGAGCCAAGGAGGUGCCUGUCGGAAACGAGACUCGCAAGUUUUUAAAAGACGGAGACGAGGUCAACCUGUCGGGAACGUGCAUUAAGAAUGGUGUGCGAAUUGGUUUCGGCGAGUGCCGUGGAAAGCUUCGCCCAGCCGACAUCUAAGUCAUCAUCAUCUCUCGUUUCGCCCCAUUCCUAGUUGUAUUUCGUCGAAUAAAGUCUUAAAGCAUACGAAAAGUGAUGAAAAUGGAAGUGUGCAGUGCCAAAACCGAUAGGGCGUAUGUCACGAUUUCAUGUUAUCAGUUAGGAACAAAACUACAUAAAUAGGGCGCACUGAGGACGGAGAAGUCAUUCUGAAGUCCGACAUGAUUUCGACAAUCCUGCUGUUGACGUUGGCCGCCACGAGCUCAGCUUUCGUGCUUCCAUUCCAGGUUGCCACUGCCGUUACCAACAUCACUCGAGGUAAGGAUAAAUAUGAAAAGUCAGAAAUUUAUUAUUGGAGAUUAUCCGAAAGGCAGUAUCCCAAAUGAAACUAACAAUUUCAGGAGGUCAAACUCUCGAGCAAGCCUCCAGCUUCUUCGUUGCCAACCUAACCAUCGGCACUCCAGGACAGCUUUUCACGGUGGUCAUCGACGUCAGAACCUCGGAUCUCGUCGUUCCAGACAUCACUUGCUGUAAGCCUUUUUCUGAGCGAUCGUGACUCUUGAAUUCACUGUCUUUCUCGUGAUGAUGACGGGGGCUUGUCAGCUUUUGCUGACAAUUCAGUCAGUUUUAAUCGGAAUCGUUAGAAUCGGAAUAGCUUUUUAGAUGUGUUAUCUGUUGGGAGUAGAGCACAAACAAAGUGCAUACGACACUGGAGUUUGAUAGCAUUGACCAAAGACUAAUAAUUUUCAGCAACUGAGCUGAACUGCUACAACAAGAGAAAGUUCAACUCGUCGGCGUCUUCCUCGUAUUAUCCUUUUGCAUAUAAUGUCAGCUACCAUAACAAUCUCGGAGACUUCCAAGGAUUCGCUGGAAACGAUGUCGCUGUGGUAUGACAAUCGCAAUAACGAAAUUUGAAUAAUUCACAGAUGUUUUUUUCAGAUUGGGGACCGCCCAACUGAUCUCAUCACUAUUCCGAGCCUUAAGAUCAUGCAAGCCACUACCCUCGGACUUCUUAUGAAUGGCCUCGCCGCCGACGGAAUCUUGGGCCUUGGCUUCACCAGUGCCUCGCAGAUCGGAGGAAACUCUCCGUUCGUACAGGGUGUCAACCAGGGAGACAUCUCCGACACUUUCUUCUCCAUUUGGAUCGAGCACUUCAAUCAGACUGAUGACCUCGGAACCCAUGGAGUUAUCUAUUACGGAGGUAUUCCGAUAGUCAUUGAAUUGUGUUUGAGUUUGAGAUUUUCAGGACUUGAUGAAGUCCAUUGUGCUCCAAACGCCCAGUACGUCCCACUUACAUCGGGUUACGCGUAUCAACUCACUGUCUCCAAUUUCAAGUCUGCUGGAUCUGCUGCCACCAACUCUAACAGCAAGUACAUCCAGGUAAAACUGAUUUUGAAUGCAAGUUUUCUAAAAAAAAAAAGGUUUACAGGCCGUUCUCGACACAACCGAUGCACGCAUUGCCGCCCCAACUUCUUACCUUAGCCAAAUUCUCGAUUCGAUCGGCAUUAACAUUAACACAGUUUCUGUUUACCCACCACUUGUUCCAUGCGACACCAAAGUCACUCUAACUUUCACUUUCGUCAGUGGUAAGCAAAAAAUAUCAAGCCAACUGGAAAAUUGAAAGGAAACGGCUUUUAGGAACCUCGGUCACCGUCACCGAAAGAGAUCUCGUCACGAGUUACUUUGGAAACUGCCGACUCCAAAUUGUGCCAAGCAGCAACGGAGCGUAAGAUAUUUUACCCAAAGACCCUAAAGAAUGGCCAAUCAAUUUUUUUAGUAUCACUUUGGGACUUCCAUUCUUCCGAGGACGUUGCACAUACUUUGACCCCAUUUUCCAAAGAGUCGGAUUCACCCCAGCCCUCCUCCAGGACUAG